GACUGAUCUUUGCUCUAUUAGGCAGCAUCCAAACAGGCUACAAUCUGUCCACCUUCAGAAAGAAGAGCUGUGAACAGGAAAAGCGAAGACUGACCCUUUUGUUCUGAUCAUAGGGAAGAACUACUUUGGACUUAAACUCGCACACUGGAACAUACUGGAAUUAAGGACACAUACUAUUCAUUCAUUUCGGAUUUACAAACCUAUAUGAGGUACUGGAUAUUCGCCUUUUUGGUUCUGCCUGGUGAGAGCUGAGGUUAUUUAAAUAUAAAAGAAAUCAAUCUUGAUUCAAAGGUCUGGAGAAGAGGAUACUAACUGAAAUCUGCAACUGAGCUGCUUCAAAAAAAAAAAAAAAAACAGAUCUGCAAAAAGCAAUUCCAAAGCUUCUUUUGCUGGGAACGAUUGCAGAUUGAAGAUGGUAUUGGAUAUAAAGUAUUCCCUGUGGAUAUUCUUAUUAUUUUGUACAUUUGAUGUGCUUGAGACGACGCAGCACUUAAGGGUGGAGAAAAGUGACCCUGUGAGUGGAUCUCUGGCGGGGAAGGUGGUCCUGCCCUGUCACUUUUCCACUCUGCCCACCCACCAGCCGGAUGCCAGCUCUGAUGCUACUUUGAUAAACACCACCCCCCCUGCACCCUCAACCAGCCCCCCUGACCACUUUCGGAUCAAGUGGACCAAGGUGGUCGGAGAAAGUGAGACUACGGUACUGGUUGCCCAGAGUAGCGUCGUCAAAGUGGGCCCGAUCUAUAGGGGCCGGGUGUCGGUGCCCAGCCACCCAGAGGACAUCGGGGACGCCUCCCUCACGCUCGCCAAGCUGCGAGCCAGCGACGCUGGCAUCUACCGCUGCGAAGUUAUGUACGGCAUCGAGGACACGCAGGACACUGUGUCUCUGGAUGUUAGCGGUGUUGUUUUUCAUUACCGGGUGAACGCCAGCCGAUACGAUCUGGACUUCAAGAGAGCCGUGCAGGUCUGCCAGGAAGUGGGGGCCUCCAUCGCCAGCCCGGAGCAGCUGAUGUCUGCUUACGAAGACGGCUUCGAUCAGUGCGAUGCUGGCUGGAUGUCAGACCAGACAGUCAGAUAUCCAAUCACCAAACCGAGGGCAGGUUGCUAUGGAGACAAAUACGGGAAGCCUGGAGUUCGAACAUAUGGGAUCCGAGACCCCACAGAGACCUAUGAUGUAUAUUGCUUUGUGGACAAACUGGAGGGGGAAGUAUUCUUCGUGCCUGGAAGUGAGAAGCUGACCCUGGGGGAGGCGUGGUCGGCCUGUGAGCGUCUUGAUGCCACAUUGGCACAACCGGGGCACCUUCAUGCCGCCUGGAGGCAGGGCAUGGACCGCUGCGACUACGGCUGGCUGGCAGACGGCAGUGCCCGCUACCCCAUCUCCAUACCCCGCACUCAGUGCGGCGGGGGCCUGUUGGGGGUGCGGACCCUGUACCGCUUCAGAAAUCAGACAGGCUUUCCCCACCCCACGAUCAGGCUGGGAGCCUACUGCUUCAAAGGUAGAGAGCUAACCACCCCACUGGACACAACCACUGGUCCCACAUCAACUGUAACAGUGUCAGAGGGAACCGAAGCACCUGAGAGGCUGCUUGAGGGUGCAGUUCACAUUAUACCGAGUGAAACAGAGAUGGAGAUCCGUGAGUCUCCCAGACUGCUGCACGCCUCUGCAACAUCACCCCCCCCUGAGUUUGUAUCUGUCUCAAGCCAGGAACCUGCAAGCAAACAGCCUGUCAGUGAGGAGCUUGUAGAAGAGCCUUCAGCCAUGUUCUCCACCAGCAUGGCUCCUGCUGGCCAAUCUUUCUCCCCAUCUCCAUCAUCCCUGACCACUUCUCUAUUUGACACUGACACUGAGCCAACAGAAAUCCCUGAGAGCAACAUCGGGCAAGUAGAAUCAAUACCAUGGGCUGAUCCUGUCACAGUGGAGAACUUACCGGAGCUGCCCACUCCCAAAAGUGCUACCCCCUACCUCGACUUACCUACCAAGGAUGAAACAGAGCAGGGUAGUGCAGUGGAAGACACAACUCAACUCCAUGAACAGGGUCUUGUUGAGGCAUCAGCCCCAGUUCAACAGAGUGAGCCUGAGAUUCUGCCUGUGACUGUCGGAAUCACCUCAGAACCGCAUUCGACACCAGGCUCGCCCACUGAGCUGCUUACAUCCACAGAAGUGGAGGACUCCAAUCAGAAAACAGUGGCGCAGGAAGAAGGAAGUGCUUCCAGUGGACUUACCUGGUUAAGUCAACCCACUACUGCAUCCUUUUUAUCAAAAGAACCUUCUCCUAAAGACCAAGAUUUGGGAAAGCCUGCUGUUGUGUACAAGGAAGAGGGUUCCACGGACUUUGAUGCCUUGACCAGUCUUUCUAAAGCAACCGCCACAAUGCCGUUGAUGGAGACAGAGAGAACAGCUGAUAUCAUCAAAACUGAAGAGAUGGAAGAUACCACCAUGGACACGACAAUCAUUGAUGAGUCAGCUACAGGCCAGUGGAAUCCCGUGGACAUUUCUCAGGCCGACAAAGAUGCAAAAACAGCACAUGUCCGCGUCAUCAUUGUCAACAUUCUUGAUAAGAACAGUUCAGUUGACUCAGUUUUGGAAUUCCUGCAGCAAAACACCACCUCUCUGGAAUCUCCUCUCAUCAGCUCAGUUUUACACACUCCUGUUGUAGCACAGGAGGAGCCAAUCAUUGGUUCUGGAGAGCUGGAUCUGAUUCCCGCGUCUACUGUCACACUCGCCCCAACUGUAAGUUUUAUUAAUGGGAAACAAGAACUCACUCAUCAAGCAUUUUCUGAAGUGCAGGAAGCACGAGGAGACCAAUUUGAAACUGCGUCUCCAGGAAUGGUGGACUUCACCCAGCUGGGAGACAAUGGCGACUAUGAGAAAUAUACUGUGGAAACUGGAUCUUUCACACCAGAAGACCCAGCAAUAGAAAUUAUUACGGACACUGAUGCCACCCUGACUACAGAAGAAGCUGCUGUGACCACAUCACUGAGCGAAAGUUUCCCGACAAAGGAAACGCCACUCUUACCCACUUCGAAAGAAGUGAUUCUAGAGCUUAUGCCCUCUUCUGAAGCAUCAGUGUCACCCAGCACGACAGCAUCUGAAGGCACAGAAGGAUCAGCAAUGCAUCCAACAGAUGAUGGAGCAGAAACCAAACGGGUAGAUGUAUCUGUAGAGGAGGCUUUGGUGUCUACCACAGCUUCUGAUGUCUCUAUGGCAGUUGCAACUGAUGAGGCAGAAGUCCGAGAAGCAGACAAGACUUUCACAGGCGAUUCACUGGGAGUGUUUUCUACUUUAUCCCCGUUCCAAACUAGUCCUGGUGUUAUAGAUGGUCCUGGAACUCCAACUCGGCAAGAAACGAUAGAGGACACUGAAGAUUCUGCUUCUGCUGACAGUGAGGGCUCAGCAGAUGUCUACCCUCCUGGUCUCACAUCAGUGCAGCCAAAACGAACCACUUCCCCCUGGUUCACAGUUUCUGAGACUGAGACCUCAACAACCCCCCUUGUCACCGCGAGUAAAGACUUAGAGGAAAAUGCACAGUUUACAGCUCAAGUAUCAUUAGUACAUACUGACAGCAAAAUCUCACAAGAAACAACCGUGGAGAGCACACACGUACCACAGGUGGAAAUAAGUACAGUAUUACCUUAUGAGUCAAGUUCUGAACUUGGCAGUGGUGCCGUUACACAGGAAAGUGAGGCAUCGACGUACGAUGAAGAAAAUGCAAUCCAAGAUUCUUCAGGAGAAGUGCCAGCUGUGACGGUCUUAAUAAAGGAUGUUUCUGAGUCUGUGUUAAGAACCGUUUCUCCGUUACCGGCAGAGACAGAAGGCAGUGCAGAGGGUUACAGUCUAGAAAUGCAGAGGACCUCUCAGUCACCCAAGACGGCAGAUUCACUGGUGAGUGAAACAUCCAGCCAGACCUCUGCCAUUUCAGCCACUGGAACUCCAACUGUUCGUCCCCAAGAUAACAACACGCAGCAGGUUCUGAUGCCAGCACCAACAAGCAGCGAUCUUGCCAUCUCAUCAGUCACAGAGCUCGAGGAGAAGACGACCAAUCUGACUGAUGAAAUGAAAGGUGCGGAUGAGCUUUUGUCACCUACUUCAGACAGCCUGGUAGAGGUGCCUAUAAUCGAAGUGGAUACUGAGGCACCCCUUGAAUCUUCUUCACGUUUUGUUCCCACCAUUGAAACAGAAGAGGCCGCUGGUGAGACACCACUAACGGUCCAGUCCCCACUUUUGACGACUCUAGUACCAGAGGGAUCUGGUGAAGAAGUAAAUACAUCAGCACCUCUUUAUCCAGUGGUGCCUGAAUUGUCCACGCCAGCCGUAUCCACAAUCCCAUUUUCCCCUGCAAGUGAAUUUUCUGGAGAUGUUGUCUCUGGCGAUGGGUCAUCAAUGGAAGCUUCAUCUUCUGUUACUGAAUCCAUUGAUGUAUCAACUGGAAUGGACACUGCAGAUAUUCCGAAGCCUGAGAAAACCACAUCUAAGGAGUCCUUUCUGCAGGCCUCUACAGAGAUUGCUUCAGUUUGGCAGGACACAGUGCUCAGGGAAUCUGCACCAAGAACUAUCCAGCCUGAAACUUUGCCUUCUUCUCUUCCAACCCGUGCAAUAAGUGUCACUGAGGUGGAUGUAUUCAGCCCAGAGAGUGUGACAGGGGAUGAGAAAGCUGUGGCUGACAAACGCAAGGAUGCAACACCUACUGUGGGGACAAUAGACACUGAAGUGACUGACUCAAGUACUGCAACGACUUCCACUGUCAUUCCUGAUGAAGAAAAAUCCAUUGACUACAAUGCUAUUUCUGGACCGGAAAUUGUUGAAGCGGAACCACCCCGCCCUGGGACAGAAGCAACAGACCAACUUGAGACAAGUUACACAGUUGAGGGCCAGACUGUUGAAAUUCCAGGAGUCUUUACCUGCACAGACAAUGUUUGCCUAAACGGAGGCUCCUGCUUUAUCGAUGGAAAAGUUCACCAUUGUGUAUGUCCGCCUGGUUUUAAUGGAGAAAAGUGCGAAACAGACAUAGAUGAAUGCCAGUCGAACCCCUGCCACAAUGGGGCGACAUGCAUUGAUGGUGUAAAGUCCUUUGCCUGCGUCUGUCUGCCCAGCUACACUGGCCCUCUCUGUGAACACGACACGGAAACAUGUGACUACGGCUGGCACAAGUUCCAGGGCCACUGCUACAAGUACUUCAGCCAUCGGCGUACGUGGGACUCGGCGGAGCGUGAGUGCAGACUGCAGGGGGCGCACCUGGUUAGCGUGCUUUCACACGAGGAGCAGCUCUUUGUGAACCGGUUGGGACACGACUAUCAAUGGAUCGGCUUAAAUGACAAGAUGUUUGAGAAUGACUUCCGCUGGACAGAUGGCCGACCCAUGCAAUAUGAGAACUGGAGACCAAACCAGCCAGACAACUUCUUCUCUGCUGGAGAAGACUGUGUGGUGAUGAUCUGGCACGAGGAUGGACAGUGGAAUGACGUGCCAUGUAACUACCAUCUAACCUUCACCUGCAAGAAGGGGACAGUUUCCUGUGGCCAGCCUCCUCUCGUCAAAAAUGCUCACACCUUCGGAGUUAUGAAGCCCCGCUACGAGAUUCACUCCUUGGUGCGAUAUCACUGCAAAGAGGGCUUCAUCCAGAGACACGUGCCGACGAUCAAAUGCCGCGGAGAUGGCCGAUGGGACCUUCCCAAAAUCAGCUGCUUGAGCCCAUCUACCUAUCAGAAGACAUAUUCAAAGAAAUACCAGUUUGAUAAUUUCCUCGAUAAUGGCAAAAGGCGGUUUGAUGAAUCGAUGCUACAUCAUCACCGCUGGGCCAUGAAAGAUGGAAAAACUGGACACUGAUUCCCGCAUAAUAAGUUUUUAGACGCCAUCUUGCCGUGAACACCUUACGCGUGCCUUUCAACAUUUUAUCAGAACCAGCACACCUGAAUCAAAUGCUUUUCCUAUGUGUUUUGCUGUUAUCUUUUUGAUUUUACCAGACUCUUCAGUUACAUUAAGGUAAAAUAAUAAUGAUAAUAAUAACAAGAAAACAGCCACUAAGAAAUGGUUUUGUACGUUUCCCCAAAUGGGUUUUUGAUGAAAUCCCUUAGUGGGAGAAUAUUUGUAUACUUUUAGUAUACUAUUUUCUAUUGUGCAUCAUGUCCUUUAAAUCCAUUCGUAAUAGGUUCUCAUUCAUGAAAUAUUCCAGUAAUCCAAAUGUGUAAAUAUACACUGACACAAAACUUAGUUCAUGUAAAUAAACAUAAUAGGCAGAUCACUAAAGCUGGUUCUUUAUCCAAAUAAAACAAUUCGUUAGCUGCUCCAUGCUAGUGCUACAAUUUCAUAGCUUCAUCUGCAGAGCAUUUAUACAAAGUAUCAAUCAAUGAAGAUUCAUAAUUCAUUCUGAAAUGUCAAUUCAAGAAGCAGCAAACGCAUUUGAUGGCAGAAUGUUUUUUUGUCAUCUAAGGAUGACAAGAUUCCCUUUAGGAACAAGCGAAACAUCCUUUAAACUAUCAUGAGGUGUGUUCUGAGGUGUCAGGAAAGGAAUGGUAGAUGACAAGAAGUGUAAGGACUGCAAAAAAAUUGGAAAAAAAACUAACAGAGAACUUCAGAAAGAUGCGGGGGGGGGGGGUCACAUUAAUAACUUGGAGCACUCAUAAGAACGCUGGUGGGGGUCUAUCUUAAAUGAAAACCUUUCUUGUAGGGAUUAUGGUAAAUUAAUCAGUAGGCUGUUUGUAUAUAUAACCAUCCUAAUGCAUUUGUUUUCUGUAUGGUAUUAUACAAAAGAAUGUCUUGAAUGCUUUUGACUGGUUUUAGAUGGCAUUGUAGGGUAUCGGCAAAUAUAGCCAUUUGGGAGAAAAAUUAUUCAGUAUGUUUUUUAGCAUUAAAAGUAAAAUUGUGGAUUUGGAAUAAAACAAAUUUUUAUAUAAACAUCUAAUAUUAGCUCUGGAAUUUCUUGUGUUUACAAAGAUGUUUUUAAUAUAACUAUACUAUUUUAAUUUGACUUUUUAAAAUAUUGACUUCACUUCUGCAAGUAAUCACAGCGUAUGCUUUUUAUCGGAAUAACUGAUGUUAACAGAAUGUACUUUGUGAAACACGCAAGUCACUUGAACCUUUGCAAUACGUAUAAUUUAUUAAGCACGUCCUCUGAUCUUUGCCUAACUACAGCUUAAAAACAAAGUGUGAACCAAUGUGAAAAAAGGAGAAUCGCUGCAAAUUUCCUCUCCACUAUAUACAGAGGAUUUUGAAAGGGACGUGUGUUUGUCAGACCAAAUCGCAAGAGUCACCAUAUCCUCAGCUGAAAUGUCUGUUGCCGAAACUGUUAUAGAAACCUGUGUUGCACAGUAGAUUAAUCCUCUAGUGUUUAAAUUCCUGUAAGCAAUGUCGUUUUGUUAUAAUUUUAACUUUGUGUUUGAUUCCUUUGUUAUGUCUGCUGUUAUCUUUUUAUAUUUAUAUCAUAACUUUUUUUUUGUACUAUGUGAAUGUUCCGGAUGUUUGUGAAUUAUGCUUUUCAAAGCUUGUUUAUUUUUUACCUUUUUACACAUGCUUUAUGUCACCAAAGAAAUCCACAAAUUUAAAUACA